AUGUACCCUCACCCCCAGGCCCAGGCCCAGGGCCACGGCCAGAUGCCCUCACACUGGCAGCCGCCCGCCUCGCAGCAGCAGCCCGCCAGCGGCGCCUAUCCCCCGCCGCCGCCCUCACAUAUGAACACCACCCUCCCUCCACCUCCCCAAGAGCCGCGCCCUGACAUGGCCGCCCACCAGCACCCUCAGUACCAGCAGCAAUACCGUCUUCCCGGCCCCAACGAGUGGACACGCGCCCCGCCGCCCCAAGACCCCUACCGCCAGCAGGGCCCGCCCCCGCCGCCGCAGUACGUCCAGCAGCACCACCAGCCUCCAGCGCCCCGCCAGCGCACCGCCAUUGCCUGCCGCUACUGCAGACGCCGCAAGAUCCGCUGCUCCGGCUUCGAGGCCACCGAGGACGGCCGCUGCUCCAAUUGCCUGCGCUUCAACCAGGACUGCAUCUUCACGCCCGUCUCCGCACAGACACAGGCUUUUGUUCCAGCGCAUACCGUCUGGCGCGGCGUCGGCGCGCCUCCGCCUCUGUACGGCGCCUACGGACAGCCCCUCCCGCCUGCGAACCACGCAGACGCCUAUGGGCAGCAGCCACCUCGCCAGGGGCCGCCGCCGCCGCAGCAGCAGCAGCACUAUCUGCCCAGCCCCACCGCAGGUCCGUAUUCCUAUGGUCCGCCCAGUGUUCACUCAGAUGAGGGUAGCCGUGACGACCUGACUGGCAGGAAGAGGCCCCACCCGGAGCCUCACACUCCCACCCUGCCGCCGCCAGCUCCUGGCCCGGCGUCACAGGCCCCUCAUCGAGUCUCUGGUCAAGACUAUGCAUACCCAGAGCCACCGUCUCUAACCCAACCGCCCCGCACAGCCACCCCCUCGGCACCCUACUCGUCUGCCCCUCCCCCCGCCACCCAGCCAUACUACACCGCACAGCCGCCUCGCCAGGCCUCCCCGCAGAGCGCCUACCGCUACGAUCCGAGCCGUACCUCGUCCUCUCCACACUCGCAAGCGCCUACGACGCCUGGCUCAGCAUCGGCCCCCUACUAUCCUCCGCCGCAAAACGGUGCUCUGCAGCCCAACCCACCUCGCAGCGACGGCAGGACACCACCGCCCCCCACCUCCCAGCCUGCCAGCCGACCUGGCAUGCGUAUCAACGACCUGGUGAGCGACAACGGCAACGGGCGCAGCUCCACCGACUCCGACAUGCUCAACAUGCUCAACCGUCGCCCCAUGUAA